UUUAAAUCACGACAGUCCUUUCUACAAAUUGCUCUAUUCCUCCGAGAAACACGGCAAAACGGCAAGUGGUCGGCAAUAUCGGCUACCUACAAGAGCCCUUUUGUUUGAGAGGUUGCGCAUUUGCAAAGUUUAAUUGUGAGACAGGAUAAGCUAUAUAAACCUCGAUUCCUCUGGGCAGAAUGCAGCAUUUCGCAUAUCGGUCAUUCAUUGAUUAAGCUUCCUUGAAUCGCUUAUCUUUACUUUCUUUAUACCUUGUUGAGUCGCAAUGUCAGGACCUACGAACUUUGACCCUGAGAGGGUUAACCUCACUGAGUUCCAGUCUAUCACUGAUCAAGGUCUCAUCACCUGCUUUCUGACAACCGCUGGGAACCAAUACGAUGGUCCUCUUGGUAUCAGAAUCGGGUCAAUAUUCGUCAUUCUUGUCGUCUCCACCGCAGUCACUUUCUUCCCUGUAGUGGCAACACGUAUCCCAAGUCUGAGAAUCCCGCUGUACAUCUACCUUUUUGCACGAUACUUCGGCUCCGGUGUCAUCAUUGCAACGGCCUUUGUUCACCUAUUGGAUCCUGCUUACUCAGAGAUUGGACCGGCGUCUUGUGUUGGUAUGACUGGUGGUUGGUCUACUUACUCUUGGCCACCUGCUAUUGCCCUCUCAGCAGCGAUGUUCACUUUUCUAUUCGACUUUCUUGCCGAUUAUUAUGUUCAAUCUCACUAUGGGCUUCAGCAUAACGAUUCUGGGGUUGAGGAUACUAUUACUACUUCCGGGACAGAUGGCCAUCAGCAUCAUUCUGACGACGGUUCGAACUCGAAUAGGCUUGUGAUCAAUGGCCAGCACGAUACAGAGGCGGCUACGUCAGAGAAGCAUCGUGGUGGCUAUGCAGACUUCAAGGAGCUUCAACACCUUGAUGGUGAUUCUGAAGAAACCGAGCUUGCAUUCAAGACACAAAUCGCGGCCUUCCUCAUUCUCGAAUUCGGUGUUCUGUUUCACAGCGUCUUCAUCGGUCUGAACCUGGGUGUCGCAGAUACAUCCGACUUCGACACCUUGUUCCCAGUCCUUGUCUUCCACCAGUCCUUCGAAGGCCUCGGCAUUGGAGCCAGACUUAGUGCCAUUCCCUUCCCAAACCGACUUCGCAGUAUGCCAUGGCUUCUCUGUCUCGCUUACGGUUUAACAACACCUAUCGCCAUUGCCAUUGGUCUCGGUAUUCGAAAGACGUAUGACAACUCAUCGUACACUGCAAACCUGGUCAAUGGUGUUUUUGACUCUAUUUCUGCUGGAAUUCUCAUUUAUACUGGUUUUGUGGAGAUGAUUGCUAGAGAUUUCCUCUUCAAUCGUGAGAGGACUAAUGACAAGGUUCGCCUAGGAUUUAUGAUCAUCUGCCUCUUCCUUGGUACUGGAAUCAUGGCUCUGGUUGGCAAGUGGGCUUAGUGUUCCGCCAACAUUGGUUUUAUUUGAAGGAAAUAAAAAUUUAGAAUAGCUGCCU